CAAAUAUUUUACUGAAGUUAUUCGUUUGAACGCGCCCAAUUAGUCUUUAUUUAUGAUGAUUCGUAGAUCAGUGGUUUUGACCCUGCUCAGUACCGCCAAAGUAUUUGUUAAUAAUUUGUCUGACUAAUGCCUCGACGUAACAUAAUUAUUUAGAGUGUGAAUCGUAUUUAAAAGUAUAUAUUUUUGCAUCCAAGAAUUAUAGCCCACAUUUACCGUAUUUCAGAUCUUUACUACACCAACAAUAUUGCCUCAACUACAUCGUAAUAUAUUGAGUUGAAUUGGCCAUGGUAAUGGAUGACAGCCAAACCCUGGUGAUAACCAAUAGCCAAAUGGGCGGGGAAAUACAGCAAAACAGAACAAGAAAUGACAGCCCAGUACUGUAGGUACAUAAAAAUGCGAAUGUAGCCGAUACCACGACUGGCAAAGAAAGUAGGAUUCUUACUUUUACAGUUCUCUUUGAUCAACAACUUCCACAGAAAGCACAGUUUUUGGUCAUCGUAAAGGAACCGCGGGACAAGAGAGGAAGUCCACCUUCUGUCCCCUCUGCGUGCACAAAUAACUAAUUAUGUCAGCACCAGGUUACCCGUCCCCACACCAGGGACCUGGAAGUUACUCCACGGCCCCCUACCCCGUUCCGCAGGGGGGUUAUGGUGACCCCAACCAGCCACCCCCACCGGCUGGCUUCCAUAUGGGCUACAACCCCCAGCAGCCUCAGCCGGGCCAGCCUGUGAUGUACCAGCCUGGGCCGGUAGGCCAGGGCCCUGGCCCGAUGCCCAUGCCUGAAUACGGGGCGCCGUUGAUGGGUCCAGGCUAUGGGCCAGGUCCGAUGGCCGGGCCCGAAUACGGUGCGCCUAAUCUGGGCCCUCCUGCGGCCAUCUCCCCGGCCCCGGCAGUGGUAGUGCCAGUCGGAGUUCCGCCGGGUCUGGAGUACCUAACGCAGAUUGACCAGAUCCUCAUACACCAGAAGGUGGAGUUGCUGGAAGCGUUCAUUGGCUUCGAAACCAAUAAUCAGUACGAGAUCAAGAACAGCCUGGGCCAGAAGAUCUACAAGGCCAAGGAGAAGAACGACUGCUGCACGCGCAACUGCUGCGGCUCCCUGCGCAGCUUUGACAUGAAGAUCAAGGACAACAUGGACCGUGAGGUCAUCCGUCUCAUAAGGCCCUUCCGCUGUGCAUCCUGCUGGUUCCCCUGCUGCCAGCAAGAGCUUGAGGUCCAAGCCCCCCCUGGCACCACCAUUGGCUACGUGACCCAGGACUGGAACCCCUGCCUGCCCAAGUUCUCCAUCAAGGGGCCCAACAAGGAGACGGUGAUGAAGUUGGAGGGACCGUGCUUUGCAUGCAACUGCUGCGGGGAUGUCAACUUUGAGCUGACGGGGGUAGACGGAGGUAAGCCUAUUGGCCGCAUCAGUAAGCAGUGGAGUGGCCUUCUAAAGGAGGUCUUCACCGACACAGACAACUUUGGCAUUCAGUUCCCCCUGGACAUGGAUGUGAAGAUGAAGGCCGUGCUCAUGGGCGCCUGCUUUCUCAUUGAUUUCAUGUUCUUUGAAAAGGUCGGCGACGUGAACCAGCGCAACACCGUCUUCUCCUAACUGGAUACCAGAGACGAGGAAAGACAAUGCAAUCUGUUUUUUGGUUUCUGUUCAGAGCCUCGCUUUUCCAGAUUCCGGAUCAAACUACUUCCAUAUUGCAAAACCGAUGGAAGCUGCCAUUCCCUGCCAGAACACUCACAACUUGAGACCUUAUCUGAUUAAGACCUUUCCUUGGAGCCAAUGACUGAUUUUGUGUAUCUGCCCAACUCUAAUAACCAUCCCGAGGGUAAGGACACACAAAGGACUUACACCUCUUCCAUGUGUUUUUAUCAAAGUCUUUAUCAAAGUUUUUCAUAUCUUCCUGUAUCUGUGUCUUUGUAUCUAUUUUUCAUUUGGUUUAAGUCAAUUUGUUAUCUACAGUCCCCUCUGUAAGUAUUAGGGUAAUUAAGAUUUCAUUUUCCUUUUGGCUCUGUACUCGUGAGUCCAAAAAGCCCUUAGAAAGCAAUAAAAUAAAUAGAUAUUCAGUCAGGAACACAGUCUAAAGCUUUACAGAAACAUCAGUUUCAAACACUGAUAAUAAGAAAGGAGAGCACUGGUGAGUUCAGCAAUUCAAAACCGUCUGGUAGGCCACAGAAGACAUCUGCUGUGGAUGACCGAAGAAUGCUCAGAAUAAUGAGGAAAAGAAUAUACAUCAGCAACACUCUCCAAGGUGGGAAGUGUGGUUGUAUCAGACACAGUUAUCUGCAGAACUGGAGUUUACACUGCAAGGUGCUAUGCACAAGUUGGCCUCAGAAACAGGAUGGCCAGGUUAUAGUACCUGAAGGAGCAUGCUUUUCAGGACCAAGAAGUGCUUGACUGGCCAAGUUAACCAUCCAAUGGGAAUCCAGUGGCAUUUCAUUUGCUGAAAUUAUAAAAUAUAUACCUCAAAACGAGCAACUGAAGUUGGCAACCGUGCAUUCCAGAAAGUCUUCAAUAACCCAGUACUUGCAGAAGGCACUUUUAAAUGUGCAUUGUGAAAAUUUACCAAUUUUGAUAUCAGUCUGUUUUUUUUUUUUGUGGCUGCCAAGCUAACAAGUUUUGAAGAGAAUAGCUUUAGUUAAAUAAUUGUAAUUGAGUCUGUUUUGUCCAUGUGGAAAUAUAUAAAUUAGCAUAUAAUAGUUAGCAUGUAAUUUGGUCAUGUACAGUACAUGUCCAUCCUAACGUAACCAGCCAUAAAAUCAUUAAUAAUCCAGGUUAUGUAAUGAAUAUACUUAUUGUUCUAAAUUGGUGGUUGACAUAUUGCAUGUGGAGUACAAUACUAUAUAGCAACUAUAGCACCUGUGGCUGGAUUAGACAGCUUAUAUUUCAAAAUGUGUAUGAAAUGUUUGUAUAUGUACAUACAAAAACAUACCUAGAACACAGUAUGAGUGACAACUAGAGCGGUUUGAAGGACCCUACAAUAAUGGGAGAAUAAUGGCAGAUUCAGACUUAGUUUUGUCCUGGCCUGAAACAAAUCAGACUCAAUGGAGGAUCUCUGUUGAGGUGGAUUUUUAUUUUUUUUGUCCAGGACUAGGUUAAAUCUGUCUGCAAAACACACUCUUAAGUGCUUGUGCUACAAUUCCAUGGGAAGGAAACAGGAUGGAUGUCUGUCUACUCUUUUUCCUAGCCCCAUGCUGUUUUUAUUUUCAAUUUUUUUAAAAGGAGAAUGGACAGUUUCCAUGGACAGUUACCAUGCCAUUCGGGAAGAGCUGACUACAGCACACAGUGAGACACAGAUCUUUUUAUUCUUUCUAAUUCCCUGCCUUUGUUUGUUCAGUGUGCUUGGUCUACUCUUGGUCUCUCCUUGGGGGAGAUUCCCCUCCCUGUGAAUCCCCACCCCUCACUCUUUCCUCCUCCCCCUUCCCUUCUGAGUCAUCCCUCUCUGUCUGUGGUCACAAAAAACAAGUGGAAAGUGCAGAGCGGAGAUGGGUCAGAGGGCAAGUGAAAAGGAAGAUCAGAGCAAUAUGGCCGACGAGGGAGUGAGGCAGAAGUGAAAGAUGGGAGGUUGUGGUUACAGAAAAUAACAUUAAUACAAACUGUAAAAUGCAUUUGAACUUGGUUGUCUGUGAAAGAAAACCUUACAAAGGGUCUGUGAGGUGUAGCCUAUUUAAAUACAUUAUCUCCGUUUUAAUGUCCAUGUGCAAACAAAACUUGAUGAUUUGAGUUAUUAGCUAUGCAUUUUCAGUAAUAUGCUAGUGUGCACAUUGGAAGGUGACCAUGUGAUUGGGAGGAGUACAUGGAGGUCAGGGUAGUGUAGAUAAUACAUAAAGCUUUGGGGGGCCAGUUCAGUCUUAAAUCUAUCAAUUGUUGGGUUACUCGUUGACACUAUCACAAUCUAAAUAGUUAAGAUGUACGUACUUCCUUUUAUGUGUAAAAGCUAUUUGAAGAAAAAACGAAAAAAAACAACACCUACAGUUUCCUUGCAAUGGCUUUUCUAACACCUACACAGACUAAGCAUUUCCAGGGCCAAAGCAGGCUCAGGAAAAUGUCAUCAUUUUGCUAAAUCUAUUUUACUGGCCAAACGGCAAGAGAACAAACAAGAGAUUUUUCAGAGAAUACAUUAUAUUUAAGCAAUAACACGAGGUGUGGUAUAUCGCCAGUAUACAGUGGCUAAGAGCUGUUCUUAAGUGCCUGGACAGAGUGCUUAUGUGUAUUAUAUUGGCAAUAUUUCACAAACCCUUGAGAUGCCUUGUUACUUUUAUGAACCAGUUACCAGCACAUUUAGAGCAGUACAAAGUGAUGUGAUAUAACCGUGGUGUUUGUAAUUAAUGUAUCGUUGUGAUUACGUCUCUCCUCUGUGUGCGACAGCAUAGUGAUCUUUUUUUGGGUGUGAACAUGACCCCUAUCAAGUAAAUGGCCAAUGGACAUGUUUCAGUUGGGUUUUGAGUUUGUUCAUGGGGUAGGUAUGUUGUUGACUUUGUAUUCACUGUUUAGAGUUUGUUCAUGGGGUAAGUUGUUGACUUUGUUACUCACUGUUUUGUGUUUGUUCAUGGGGUAAGUAAGUUGUUGGCUUUGUUACUCACUGUUUUGUAAUUGUUCAUGGGGUUAGGUAAGUUAGUGACAUUGUAUUCACUGUUUUGUGUUGGUUCAUGCAGUAGGCAUGGGGUCGACUUUGUAUUCAUUGUUCUGUACUCUUCACAACCAGACUCAAGAAACAGCAAUGGCUGAUGCAAAACUAGCCAAUUGCAAAAUGCACUCAUUAAAAAUAACCUGAUCUCUAUCCUGCGAGCUAAAAGUCUUAUUUGUCAUUGUCAUUUUUAAACAUACUGAGUAUGUACAGACGUGGAAGAUGUCAAAACUUUGGGAUUAAGCCGUGAUGUCUAGAAAAACUGUAUUUCACCUUUUGUUGAUACUGCUUUGUGUUUGCAUAAUUAAAAUAUUUGAUUCAAAUUAGA